AUGAUACGAGGCUUCUUAAAAUUCCGCAUGCGUGUAUGUUUAUACGAGUUAAUUGUCAUUCUUGUACCAUGCACGAUAUUAUUAAUCGUUAUCGCUGCUAUUCUUUCACCGGAACAAACUUAUCGUAUGGCGAAGGCUCAAAUGUGGAUACAGCAUCGGGACUCGGCAGGUUCUACAAAUGAAUUAUCACCUGAGAAUAUAGUUACUCUUGAAGGUUUAGCUGCAAAUCCUACACCUGCGGUCACGCGAAAAGUUACGACUGCGGCACGAUUGGAGGAAAGUUUGCAGAUUUCUUCGGUAUUUGAUUUUCUACCUCACCUUUUGGAUGAUUCUGCAUCGCUGCAGCCGAGCUACGUUGAAAGUAAACGACGACAAGGUGUCAGCAUCGUGCUCGGCAUUCCGACGGUGAAACGUGACAAACGAUCAUAUUUAGUUGAAACGAUAGAUAACCUAAUUGCUAACAUGGACGAAAAGGAGCAAAAUGAUACCAUGAUUGUUGUGUACGUUGGCGAACCGGUCCUCGAAGAUGUGAAGACGAUAGCCCAGCAACUACGACUUCGAUUUGGAAGCUUCAUAGACAGUGGUUUCCUGGAAAUUAUUGCUCCCCCUGCUUCUUACUACCCUAAGAUGGACAAUAUUCGCCCGACGUUGAAUGAUCCAUUGGAACGAUUUCGAUGGCGCUCGAAACAAAAUCUUGAUUUUGCUUUUCUCAUGGCGUAUGCACGUCCCAGGGGUGCUUUCUACCUGCAACUGGAAGAUGACAUAAUUACCAAGAAAGGCUUCGUUACUGUGAUGAAAAACUUUGCCUUACAAAAUACGGCCAAAAAGCAAAGCAGCGAUUGGUUUGUUCUGGACUUUUGUCAACUAGGUUUCAUAGGAAAAAUGUUCAAAUCAUCCGACCUGCCAUGGUUAAUCACAUUCUUCCAAAUGUUUUAUAAAGAACAGCCCGUGGACUGGCUUUUAUAUUAUAUGAUAUCUACCAAAAUAUGCAGAACAGAUCAAAAUGCGGCAGACUGUAAGCAGAAAGUAGCAAAAUUGUGGAUACAUUAUGAACCGUCCCUGUUCCAGCAUAUUGGAACGCAUUCAUCGCUCCUGGGGAAAGUGCAAAAUUUGAAGGAUGACCAGUUUGGCAAAAUUCCUAACUUUAUUCCACAUUUAAACCCACCGGCCGAGGUACACAGUAGCAUACCACCGUAUCAAUCACACACGAUAGAAAAAGCGUAUGCUGGAGAAAAUUUCUUCUGGGGAUUGACCCCUAAGCCGGACGAUUUGAUCGAGUUCCGUUUUAAACAGCCAAUUACCCUGCGCAGAUAUGUUGUCCGAAGCGGAAGUCUUGAGAAACCGUUAGAUCGAUUUUACAACACCACGGUUGAGGUUCUGCCGGUAGACAGUUUAACAGGUAGUGCGAUUGUGCCGCACAAUGUAACGAAUGACGGAUUCCUAGUAGUCGGAAGCUUCGAUAACUAUGGAAAAGCGGAAGGCGUAAUUGAUCCCAAAAUUGGUAAACUAAAAGAAUUGCGACUGCACGUCCACAGUAGCAUCGAUAACUGGGUGAUACUUAGAGAGACUAUCAGCGAACUGUGA